UUUGCCAGAAAUUCUAUGUACGUAGGAAUUCAUUUUAUAGACGAGGUUGUCUGAUUUUUUGCGUCUGAUCAUUUUAUAUAACCUCAACGUAAGAUUUUAUUGCGGUUAAUUUCGGUCUUUGGCUUUUUGCACUGUUGAGAAGGAAAUAUGGACACUUUUUAUAUCAUUUGUACAUUAUUUUUCUCCUCUUUUUGUGCGUUUAGUCAUAGCCAACCAUCAAACCCCACUUCAAACGCAUCGUAUGAAAAUCUGAAUCGAUGCGAUACGUUUAUACGAACUCACGAAAUGAAAUUCAUCUGGGCAAUUCAUCAGUUCAGUGUUCACGAGACGCUAGAAACACCCGUAGCUCGUGAAAUCAUCUCACCCAGAUUACACUCAUCGAGCACUGGCGGUUACGAAUGGGAAAUUAGAGUUAUACCUAACGGAGUUAAUAACAGAAACAAAUCAAUCUCGUUAAAGAUAUAUCGAUUCGGGUACAAUAUAUUCGAAGAGGUGUUAGCUAUAGAAGCCAAUGUUUCAAUCAUCGAUCAUGAAGAAGAAACGUUAUUCUGCAAGAAUCUGACUCAAAAACAUUUCCAAGUUGGGAAUUAUUUGUAUUGGGAGGAUUUUCGCGGGAAAAAUGAUUAUUUUAGGAAUCGCUUACUGCAGAACGACACAUUAACUUUAUCAAUCGACUUGAGAUGGUUUUCUGAUUCUUACAAUCAGGUUUCUCGUCAAGAUGAAUCCUCGUCAGAGCUCGCUUUUGAAAACACGAUUCGAUGCGACACGUACAUGAAAUCUUACGAAAUAGACUACAUUUGGGCCAUUCACCAAUUCAGUCUACACGAAGAUCUACUCGGCGAUCGUGAGAUCAAAACGCCUGUCUUACAAGCACCCACAACUGACACAUACGAAUGGAGAAUUGAGAUCGUACCAAAUAGCACCGAUGAUAAAAACACGUCGAUAAUUUCGUUAUACGCGACAGUAGGAGUGAAAAGUGGCAGCACAGUAGGAGAAAUAUUAGCCAGCAUCGAUGCUGCGAUUAUAGAUCACGAAAAACGAGAGUUAUUUUCUGCGAAAAUGCGGCUCAAGAAAUUCGAAAAUCGGGAACGUGGAGGCAUGAAAGACUUCUGCAAGAAAGAUCACUUUUUCAGAAAUCAGUUGCUGCGAAAUGACACUUUGACGUUGUCGAUCAACUUGAGAUGGUUUGCCGGCCCAUGGAAUGAUGUUUCUCCUCAGCACAAUAUAAGCAUCGCGAGAACUAAUCUGAUUCAAAGCCAGUGAAUUUACUCGUUGGUUCAGAAGCUGAAUAUGAGCAUGGUACUCACCUUAUUUAUGUACGUAUGUAGUUUACAA